AUGCUGUGUACACAUGUUACAAUAUACAACGUCAUUAAUUAUUAUCAUCGUCAUAAUGAUGUAAACUAUACUGAUAGAUAUAAUGCUGGUCGUCCACCUGCACUCAAUUCAAAACAAAUUAAACAACUUGAUCGAAUUAUACAACGAAACCUGUCAACUACUGCAGCUGAAUUACUAUCACUCACAAACUUCAACACUACCGAACGCACGAUACAACUUUAUCGUCGAUCUCUUGGUUAUCGUCCUCUUAAGUCUCUUGUUAAAGUCAAGAGCAACAAUAUCAAUGAAGAAAAACGAUAUCAAUUUGCUGCAUUUCAUCAUCAUGCUAAUAUGAAAAGCUAUAUUUUUGAAGAUGAAUGUUAUGUGGGUUUAAGAAGCACACAACAAAUUGUUUGGUGUGAACGAGGAGAGCCAACACCGACGAAGGAAAUAUCAUCUUUGCGAGCACAUGUUAAUUUAAUUGGUUUCAUUUGGUGGAAUGGUUAUGUUUUUCGUCGGUUUAAUAAUUGGUUAAAUACUGAUUCAUAUUGUGAGAUAGUGAAUGAAGCGUUAUCGGGAAAUUUAUCAAAAUUGAACGGAUUUUAA